AUGCAACAUCAACAUCCUCCUCCACCCACCCCCACCCCCACCGCCUCCUGCCCAACCCCUGCCACCGCCAACAUCACUAGUUAUGGUGACUACAACAGCUGGAGUACCCCAAACAACACCGGCUCCUGCCAAAAUAUCCGUCCCACUCAUGAGAAUGUGAAAGUAAAAAUGUCUCGCAUUGGAAAGUUAGAAUACCUUGUAAGGGCUUAUAAGGAGUUGGACUACGCCAUGAGGAACAUCACCACUAGCUGUUGUGCCUGCCGUGGCUGCCAUGGCCAAAACAACACCAGCUCCUGCCAUAAUAACCAUCCCACCGUCCUUAAUCGCUCCGUGCAGCACAUUGACACAAAAGUGUAUUUAAUGAAGCUGGUUUUUAGUGCAUAUCCCUUGGUACAAGGCUUAGUAGGGUACGGAAAGGAAAUUCCUAGAAGCUUUUCUUCUUCAGCUACAUUACUUCGGCUCUGCCCAUCAGGACCAAAAUUUUUGCAAGACAUGGAUAACAUACAAGAUAUCACACAAGGGAUACAUGAAUUGAAAUUUGAAGCGAUGGCACAUUCUUUUCCUGAGGAAAUCAUACAAGAGAUCCUAAUUAGGCUAUCCGUUAAAUCUCUGAUAAAAUGCACUUCAGUCUGCAAGGCAUGGAGGUCCAUGAUCAUAAACCAAAGCUUUAUUCAUGCCCACCUCAACCCAACAGUGGACUUUGCUAACCAGAAUGACAUUGACCUCCUCCUACUCCACAGAAUUUCUGGUAGCAAAAGCCUCAACUACCACCAAAACACGGUCGUUCACAAGGUGAAAGACGAGGUUCACUCUGUGCAUCAUGAUAACCAGGCGUUUGAUGUGUACUCCAAGAUCGAAUUUCCAAUUGCCGCAAAGAAAAACUACGGCAAUUCACAUCUUCGUGUGGUUGGCACUUGUGAUGGGCUAAUUUGCCUUGCGGAUGAUGUCCCCUCUUAUGCUUACAACUUCAUUAUAUGGAACCCAACCAUUAAAAAGUCAGUGAGCCUUCCCAUGCCUGGUAUUACCUUUCAGACGCAUGGUGGGUACGAUGCUUCUAUUGGGUUCGGUUUUGAUGCUACAACCAAUGACUAUAAGGUUGUGCGAGUUGUGACUUUAUUGGAUUACUAUGAUGAGAAGCCAACUCUAGCUGAGGUUUAUUCCCUAGCCACCGGCACAUGGAUGAGUCUUGGUUGUGUUUCUCCUGCAUGUCUAAUAGAUAAAGCUGCAUCCAGUGCUUUUGUUAAUGGGGUUCUUCAUUGGCCUGUAGCCUGUCAGACAGAUGUUGAAUCUUACUAUAUUAUAUUGACAUUUGAUCUAGGCAAGGAGGUGUUCGGUCAGAUACCUAUGCCGAAGAUUAUUCAACGGGAUUACUAUUUGGGAUUGCAAUUGUCUGUUUCAGAUAACAAAAAAUCUAUUGCUUUGUUCAUGAGGCCCAACAAUCGUGAAGAUUUCUAUAGGGAUUAUGGGCAUAAAGAUUCUGUUCUUGAUAUAUGGGUGAUGAAAGAGUAUGGGAGAGAGGAAUCAUGGACCAAAUUGAUUACUCUCAAUCCACAUGGUCCAGAAACAAUUUUCCUCAGCGCCUUAUGUUUUAGGAAGAGUGGGGAAUUACUGUUACUGCUCAAAGAAAAAGAGAGGCAGGAACUGGUAUCACUAGACCUCGUGAGGAAACAGCUUAAACUUAUUGGGAUUUCUGGAUAUAAAUAUUGUACUUGUCAUUUUUAUAAAGAGAGCCUCCUCUUACUCGACAAGAGCGAUGCAGAGUCAUACUAA